AUACCUUGCAUGUACAAUUAGUGAAUAUAUCACACUUACACAUCAUGAAAUUGUUACUUUUGGCUGUGGUUGUGGGAGCGUGUUACUGCGCUCGCUUAGAUAAUACAUACCUUCCACCCGCAGGCGCCCACGGCGCCGGUGGUGGACCAGGAUUAUCCGCCCCGUUUGGACCAAGACCAUCAGGAGGCGGCGCUCCAGGCUUCGGAGGACGACCGGGAGGACCAGGUGGUCCAGGAUUCGGAGGACCGGGAGGUGCACCAGGGCCGUUAUACGGACCGCCUAGCGGACCCGGAAAAGCCGGACCCGGUGGUCCAGGACCUAACGGGUUUGGGCCAGGACCACACGGUGGAUUCGGUCCCGCUGGGCCGGGUGGAUUUGGACCAGGACCGCAAGGAGGAGGAGGUCCCGAUGCACGUGCCAAUAUUUUACGCUUCGAUAACACCCCGAACGCCGGAGAUGGCAGUUAUCAAUUCAGUUUUGAAACUGAAAAUGGGAUCAAAGCAGAAGAAGAAGGACAUGCCAGACCAGACAGUAAUCAAGAGGAAGGCGGUGAAGCUGUACGUGGAUCGUUUUCUUACACUGCUCCUGACGGUCAACAGAUCGAAAUCACUUAUACAGCCGAUGAAAAUGGUUUUGUACCACAAGGAGCUCACCUUCCCACACCUCCCCCAAUUCCGGAAGAAAUCUUAAGAUCUCUCGAGCAAAAUGCCGCUGAAGAGGCUCGUGGAGGUGGAAGCGAUGGUAGCUACAAUGGCGGUCAAGGUGGAUAUCCAAGUGGAGGUCCUGGUGGAAGACAAGGGGGUUACCCCAGCGGAGGACCAGGCGGUUAUCCAAGCGGUCCCGGUGGGCGACCCAGCGGCCCGGGGGGUUUUCCAAGUGGAGGAGGUCCUGGCGGUUAUCCUAGUGGUGGUCCGGGAGGUUAUCCUAGUGGUGGUCCAGGUGGUUAUCCUAGCGGUAGUGGUCCUGGUGGAUAUCCCGGAGGCUCCAGCAGUCCAGGUGCCGGUGGACUACCUGGUGCAAGACCCGGAGGAAGUAGGCCGGGCUUCAAUCCUCAAACUGGAUACAGUUAUUAAAUAUAUUUAUAAUGAAGGGUAGUAUUUAUGAAGCGCUUGCCAAUGGGAUUAUGCCAUAAAUAAAAUACGUACUUAAAUGUAAUGCAUCGUCGCAGAACAUUUAUUUUGCUUCGUUAAGCAGUUAACAGCUGUUGAUUCAAAGAAGUACAACACAUUUUUUUUAUAAUUUAGCUAGGAAUUAUUACAAUUAUUAGGACGACAUUUGCUAUGUUUCAGGUUAUGAGAUUUCAUUUUUGUGAUUUUAAAGGUGCUACGAUCGCCUGUACUUAGCGUAAGCUAAUAAGUAGGGUAACACCUAGCUGUUAGUUGUAAAUGCAGGUAUUUUGUGUGUAUAGUAUAAAUAAUAAGGAUGUAUAUAUUUAUUUUAAAUAAAUGUGCAAUUA